AGUCAUGUUUAGUUAAAAUUACAGUUGCAUUGAACUAAUAAAUAUUUAUAGAGCUUAAAUAUUAAUUUUCCGUAUUUGAAGUGUAAUAUAAUAAUAAAAUAUAAUUUACAACAAUAAUUAGAAUGACAAGGCGACACGUGCGAUAUGACAUCCAAAAUAAUAUCAGAUAGAAUCAAUCUCUCAGUCGAUGUCGAUCUCUACAUCCGAGUAGCGGCUGAAUUUAUCUUCUUAUCACAGUUGUUGUCUUCAAAUUUCCACGAGCAUUUAAUUAUCUUCAAGCCGGCAGUAAAUCACCGCUAAAAGUGUCAGUUUGUUGUUAACAAUGAGUGACUGUGAUAAACCGAGUGCCGAGGACCGAAAAAACUCAAAGAUUACUUCCAAAGAAGUAACCAAUUAUUUUAGUGACCAAAAUAAAGAACUUACGCUGGAAGAUUUGGCGCCGGAUGGCGGAUGGGGGUGGAUGAUUGCCCUCGCUAUGAUUAUUGUUUUCGUGACGACAUUCUGCGCGGGAGCUUCCUUCGCAAUAGUCUUCGGGGCCUUCUUCGAGGAGAAAGGCCAAUCAGGAUCCGCGAUGACGCUCCUCAACUCCGUUUUUAUGAUAAGUUUUUCGCUAUCAGGUGUUGUGACAAAUGCACUCUUGAAGAAAUACUCCUUGAGAUUGGUCAGCGUCAGCGCGGCGCUGCUCUUUGCGAUACCUAACAUUUGGUCCGCGUUUGUUACGCAUGUUUAUGAACUCGCGGUUAUUUUCUUCAUUCAAGGAAUCGGCGCCGGGCUGAUGAAUACCAUCAGCAGCGCCAGUUUCAACGCGUUUUUUGUUAAGAAACGGGCAAAGGUAAUGAGUGCAGCGCAAGUGAUAAUUGGAUUGGGAGGAAUAGUAUACCCGAUGAUAAUUGAAAAAAUGAUGGACAUAUACGGAUUUCGAGGAACAGCAGCGAUAAUCGGCGCACUGAGUCUGAACGCGAUAGCAGGAAUGAUGAUGAUGCACCCGGUAGAAUGGCAUCUGAGAGACCCAAAUGAGGUGCUGGAAGAAAGAAGACAACUAAAGGGCCCGCAGCCCCAAUCCGAACGCAACCACUCUGCACUCAACAAAGUUAAAAUACUUAGUUCGAGUGACCGCCGGUCGACGAUCCAUUGCACCCAAGAUUUCAUGGAGCCUACUAGGUGGAGUAGUUUGUGUAAUAUUAAGGACAAUCCUGGAUGUCAGGAACCUCUUUUUUUUAUCAACUCCAAAACAGUAGAAGCAAUCAGUGUGGACCUCGACCCCGACAUGAGACCUAGGUCCAAGUCGAUUUCGAUGAAGAUGCAGCUAGCGAAUAGUCUGUCUUUGCUGCCGGCUUCCAGCAUCGGAAACAUCACCGGGGCCUUGGUAGAAGCUCAACAUCGACGGGAUUUGAUCACUAAAGCUUCACUUGAUGAACUGAAGGAAUUAAACACACCUGUCGGUCAUAGUAUUAAUGGUCAUAACAAGAGUGAUCAUCACGAUGAAAAUAAAAAUGUGGUCAUCAAGAGGAAGUCGAUUAUCAGUCAAAAAGAAGAACCUGACUUUUGGCAACAAUUAUCUGAUUUGUUUGAACUGUCACUCCUAAAAGACCGGACCUUCGUGAUAAUGAGCUUUGGGAUUUCGUUUGUCUUCGUAAGUGACUUUACAUUCAUUUCGUUGGUUCCUCUGGCGAUGAUGCAUGAUGGAUACACAAACUCUCAAGCUGCUGUUACAAUAACAGUAGCCGCAGCUGCAGAACUAGCUUCGAGAAUUUUGUACUUGAUCUUCACUCUGUUUGUAAAUUGUCGAGCUAAAUUUGUUUUCUUCUUCGCAAUGAUCGUAAUGGGCUUCGCCAAAUUAGCUUUCUUCUAUUUCGGCAACACAUUAAUGGGGAUAUACAUCUGCACAGCGGGAAUAGGAAUCGUCAGGACAUUUAUGAUGGUUCCGCAGCCGCUGGUAGUGGUGGAAAAUUACCCCGUUGAAAUGUACGCGGCUUGCUAUGGAAUUUUUACUCUAGUCAAUGGAAUUGUUAUGGUCGUUAUUGGGCCACUAGUCGGAAUAAUCAAAGACGUAACGAACAGCUUCGAGGUGGCACAACUCGUUCUAGUAGCGCUAAAUUGCGCAUUCAUCGUACCCUGGGCGUUGGAGUUUCUGGUGGACUUUCGGCAGAAAAGAAGAAACAGAGUUGUUAAUACUACCGGCAACAUAAAUGCCGAAAAUCACGUGAUAGCUUUCACCGUUAAAAGUGUCAGUUUGUUGUUAACAAUGAGUGACUGUGAUAGACCGAGUGCCGAGGACCGAAAAAACUCAAAGAUUACUUCCAAAGAAGUAACCAAUUAUUUUAGUGACCAAAAUGAAGAACUUACGCUGGAAGAUUUGGCGCCGGAUGGCGGAUGGGGGUGGAUGAGCGCCCUCGCUAUGAUUAUUGUUUACGUGACGGCGUUCGUCCCGGGGAAUUCCUUCUCGAUAGUCUUCGGGGACUUCUUCGAAGCGACAGGACAGUCAGGAUCCGCGAUGACGAUCCUAACUUCCGUUUAUAUGAUAAGUUUUUCGCUGGCAGGUGUUAUGACCAACGCGCUGCUGAAGAAAUAUUCCUUAAGAUUGGUCAGCGUCACCGCGGCCCUUCUCUGUGUGCUCCCUAAUUUGUCGUGUGCGUUCGCCACACAUGUUUAUCAGCUGGGAAUUAUUUUCUUCAUCCAAGGAACUGGCGCUGGAUUAAUGGACACUAUCCUCAGUGCGAAUCUCAACGCGUAUUUUGUUAAGAACCGGGCCAAGGUAGUAAGUGGGACCCAAGUACUGAUCGGCAUAGGAGGAAUAGUAUAUCCGAUGAUAAUCGAUGCGCUGAUGGAAAUUUACGGAUUUCGAGGAAUGGUGUCGUUGAUUGCUGCUCUCAGUCUGAACACAAUUCCGGGGAUGAUGUUGUUGCACCCGGUGGAGUGGCACCUGAGAGAUCCAAAAGAAGUUCUGGAGGAGAGACGAAAAUUGAAAGGUAGUUCCAAAGACAGUCCCGUUCAGGAGCCUCUUCUUUCGCUCAAUUCUGAGGAUAGUAAUGAAAAAAUUGAAGGGAAGAAAAUUGUCAUUAAAAGGAAGUCUGUAACCAGUCAAGAAGACUCCUCUUUAUGGCACAAGUUGUCGGACUUGUUCGACUUAUCGCUUCUGAAAGACAGGAGGUUCAUGAUAAUGACCCUAGGAAUUUCGUUUGUCUUUGUAGCUGACUCGACAUUCGUUUCUCUAGUUCCUCUGGCGAUGCUGGAAGAUGGGUACACAAACACAGAAACGGCUGGUACGAUAAGCAUAACCGCUGCUGCAGAAUUGGGCUCAAGGAUUUUCUACCUGCUCUUCACUAUGGUAGUAAAUUGUCGGGCUAGAUUUGUUUUCUUCGGGGCGAUGAUUGUGAUGGGCUUCGCCAGAUUUGCUUACCUCUACUUCGAGAGCACAUUAAUGGGGAUAUAUAUCUGCACAGCGGCAAUGGGAAUCGUAAGGACAUUUUUGAUAGUCCCGCAGCCGCUGGUAGUCGUGGAAAAUCACCCCGUUGAAAUGUACGCGGCUUGCUACGGAAUUUUCGCUCUGAUCAGUGGAAUUAUUAUGAUCGUUAUUGGGCCACUAGUUGGAAUAAUCAAAGACGCAACGGACAGCUUCCAGGUGGGACAACUCGUUCUAGUAGGGCUAAAUUGCGCAUUCAUCGUACCCUGGGCGUUGGAGUUUCUGGUGGACUAUCGGCAGAAAAGAAGAAACAAAGUUGUUAAUACUACCGGCAACAUAAAUGCCGACAAUCAUGUGAUAGCUUAAUCGGAUGUACAUUAAAAUAGUUGAUAAUUUUUGUAAUA